AUGGUGCGGUGGCGCUGGGCCCCGUUUCUGGUGGGCUGGAUCGCGGGGCCCAGCCAAGGAUGGUGGCAACCUGCCGAAGAGGAGGGAAGCCCGCCACCGAACAGCACCUGCUGGGAGGAGCCGUGGAGCUGCAUCCAGCACAGGGUGAAUGCCACGAUGCUGGCUGCCCAGACCCAGUACAACUCCCUCACGACCUGGGACAGUAUCCUGUGGACGGUUCUGGAUACCCUGCUGAGUGGAGUUGGCUGGUUGAUCUUUGGCCAAAACUGGCUUCAGGUGCGCACAGGAUGCUCGAUGAUCCUUCGCAUCGUGACCUUGAUGGCAGUAUGCCUGGUGCUCCACUACUUCCUCUCAUUGGCAUGGCCUUUGUGUUCCCUCCUCAUCGGGACGAUCCUCACCGUGGUUUGGUUCGUGCGAGCCUGUGUGCGGUGCUGCGGACGGGUGGCUUUCUACACCCAGAGGAUGGCCGGCGGUGUUCCAGAGAUCACAGGUGCCACUUUCUUCGGGCCCGAUACGGGAGAGGUGACGGAGAAUGCCGCCAUCAAGUCCAGUGGCAUGUACCUGAGCUUUGAUCCAGAGGCGACCCGUGGUGACCCUCCCCUCCUUUUGGCUCUGAAAGGCUAUGAGAGGGUGCACCUAUGCCGGCACGACAGCUGUCCUGAAGAUGGGCAACACUUCAAGAGCUAUGCCCUGGCUCGGCAAUUGAACCCGGAGAAGUUCCACCUCAUGUCGACGGCUGAAGGAGCACAUCGGUCAGGGUCUCGAUUGAUGGGAUGGUUCUUCUCCAAGGCCAACCAGACGGCCAAGAAACUGAAGGACUACGCCUCCGAGUCAGAGCAUGAGGAGACAGCUUGUUGCUGCGCCCACCUAGUUAGGUGGGAAAGCUCUGCCGGGAAGGAGGCCUUGGGAGACAGGCCGUGUGACAAGGCUGCAACUAACCAGGUGGACCUGCUGGAGGAGGACCUGAAUGCUAUGCCCCCCACACGGACGCCGAGUUUUUGUCCUGACCAUGCGGUUCAAUACUUGGUCAAGCGCGCCCCGGCUAAAUGCUCCUUUGACGGAUGUCGACGAGUGGGUACUUCGACCAGGGUGAGGGAACCACCUCCGGGAGAAGAUGACGGUGACGAACCACCCGAAGGGGAAGGGGAAGGUCGCCUUCGUCGGAGAGGUCGAGGACGGGAGGUGGCCUAUAACACUGACGAGGCGGAAGCCAUCCUUCAGGAAGCUCGAGAGGAGGAGGUUGAGACGAUGGCUAUCCAUCCUUCCAGGAGGAAGAGGGUUGCAUCGCCAGGGCACACCCCGAAGUCCUCGGUCCAACACAGCCUGGCGAGGAUGGGGCUCAUCAACUCACCUGACCGACGGGGGGACAUGACGUACCUGGAGGAGUUCAUGGAGCAGCUCGCGGAUGGCAAAGACCUGCAACUCAGUGAGGAGGACAUCAGGAAGCAGAUGGCCGCUCAGUCGGGACUCACUUUGGGAGACCUGACCAGGCAACUCUACGAGCAGGCAACGGAGGAGCAGAGGAAAGGCACCAAAGGCCUCACCAAGUUCUUGGCCAAGUGGCGCAAACAAGCAGCCGCUCAAGAAGGGUCUACACCUCCGUCAGAGUGGAGCCUCAUCGAGAAGGACCGGGACAACGGCACACCUACUCCAUCCAGUGCGACGUCAGGAGGCAAGACUCUCCAGAGUCCAGGACCUGGCUUCAGGCAACGGGUCACUUCAAGGCUCGCGAUUGGCAUCGCUGGCCCAUACUGGGGGACACAGGAGAAGUAUGCCCUCAGUGCCUCGGACUUCGUGCCCUGCACCGACGCGGAGUUGGACCAAUUCGCCAUCGAGAGCAGGACUGGAAAGCCCUCCAAUGAGCAGCGGCCCGCAGCUCCGACCAGGUAUGAAGACUGGCUCAACCGUGCAAAACGCCAGAAUGACAUCUGGGCAUUAGUGUACGGGAGCGAAUGGAAGGCAGUCCGAGAGCACGCCGUGAACCUGCUGAGCGAGCGGCACAUCGGAGCUCCUCACAAGUGGCCCCUUCAGGUGUUGCUUGACGUAUGGGAAGAACUCCACUGGCGGUUUCUGGAAGAGCUCAAGGAGGAGUUGAGGAAGAUCAAACGGCUGGCUGGAAGAGAGUCCAUGACCUUGAAUGACCUCAAGUUCUAUGCCCUUAUGCCGGAUGAAGAGGGCAGAGCGCCAUUGGAGCUCCCACAGACCUUUGAUCUUCGAAGACCAGACGGAUGGUUCAUGUCUGAGGUAAUGCCCCGCAUCGAACGAAGACAGGAGCGGAUGCUAUGGAAGAUGACGUGGGAAGGGGCCGGAAAAAAUCGGGCUCAAGGGCAAACCGCUGGAGGAGAUGGAGGAUCCAAGGAGGAGAAGCUGACCCUGAAGACCCUGUAUGGUCCCAAGCUCACGGCAGAAGAAACGGCACGAGCGAAGGACCGGGCACCCACGAACAAGGAGGGCAAGCGAGGGGGCUUGAAGCGGAUGAAAGCCGAGACCAAGGACACGGCCACCGAGAAGAUCAAGGAGAUCAGAGCCGGUGUUGCGAAGGACAAAGCUUCGAAGGUCCAGGAUGGGAAGGAUCGUCGACGUGCUGGGCAAGGAGAUCAACCUCAAGGAGAAGGUGAAGGUCAUGAGAAGGCCGGAGGACACCAAGGUGUGAGCUGGGAAGCCCCCGAGGAGAUGGUGCAGGUUGAUUACACGCACCAGGAGAAGGAGUUUGCUGAGCUUGUCGCAGGCCCUGAUGCAACCAUCUACGAGAAUGUUCAUCGGGAGUCGCAACCCCAUCCAGGGCGAGAAGGUCAAACGGCACCGCAGGAAGCUCAAGACCUCGUCAGGAAGGCCCAGGAGCUGGCAGACGGGCCUGUGUUGAGCAAGUUGCAGGAGGCAUCGGAUGACCUCUACGCCUGGGCAUCUACCAGGGUGGCCAACGACCCGGAGACCCCCUUCGAGACGCUGAUGGAGGAGAUGGUGCAGUUUGGGUUGGGUGAGUUGGCAGCCGAAGCCGCGUACCUCCUCGAAGCUCAUGGGAGGGGCCCCAAGGCCGGAAACAAGGCCAGAUGCCGUGUCGAGGAAACCCGGUGGGAGGCGGACGGACCAGGAAAAGCCGUGGUGCAAAUUGAUGAGGACUUGUGGGCAAUGUGGGACUACGGAGAGAUAAUCCACAUGACGGAAGAACUUGCUGGCCUGCUGGGAAUGAUUGAGCCAGAGAAGGAGAAGCGCCAGUGCGUCACCAAAGUUUUCGCAGCUGGCCUCCUGCUGUCCCAGACAGGAAGGACACCAAGCAUGGACGACGUGGAGAAGCUGACCCAGGAUUUUCGGCUGGAGCAGGCACGGCUUGCGGUUGAGGCCGAAGGGGUCAUGAGCCACCCAGAGGCGAAGGUCGCCCUAGUGGAACAUGAACUUCGGAUGUACGCCCACGAUAUCCUCAAGCCUCAUCAUGACAAGGACUACCGGGCCCUGGCCGUGUUCCCGUUAGCUGCCCUCGAAGAGAUCAGGGUCAUUGUGGUCAGGGUGGACUAUAAAGGGGACAUCCUGCUGGAGACGGUGGUAGGCAGCCAGUGGACACAGCAAGACGUGUGGGUGAUGAUUUCCAAGGGGCACAUGACUCUGUUGCAGCCUCCCUCAAAGUCUGCCGGAGACGCCCUGCUGAACAAGGAGGAGGUCUACCAUACCCCAUGUUUGGGAUUCCGGUACUUCUGGCAUCAGCGCCACGAUCAAGCAAAGACUGCCCCGGGCAUCAUUGCGUGUCGACACUGCAAGACCAGGAAAGGAGGUGGCAAAGAAGGCCCAGACACCUAUGGAUGCUUGCGGAAGACAACUUGCUUGCCGGCGUUGUCUCAAUGCGUGGCCGGAGGAGUUCAGACGGCCAAGGCAGUCCAUGGCGCCAAAGCUCAUGAUGGGUUGGUGCUACGAGAGUACUUCGCCGGGCACGGAGUCAUCACUCAAGGUUGGCGGGAGGCGGGCAUGGUUGCCCUCGAGCCUAUCGAGUUGUAUGACCAGCCCCACCAGCAGCUUGGUCCCCGGCCGGACCACGAUCUUGCCAAUCCGGCACGGCAGAAACACUAUCUGGACCAGCUCGGGCAGCACGAGUCCAAUGUGCAAUGGAUCGCUAGCCCAUGCACUACAUUUUGUGACUGGUGUCUCCAGAAUGGGGGAACGAGGACCUUCCAAAACCCAGCUGGCUUGCCAACCGAGAAGGAGCGUGUCGGGAAUGUCCUGUCGGAGUAUGGCGCGGCAAUCUUCGAGAAGUCCAUGCAGCAAGGAGGCUUCCCCAUUGCUGAGAGUUCCGGGACCUCAGGGACGCAAGGGCAGUUCUAUCGUCAUCGGACGGGCCUGGCCUUCCCUCAUCACCCUCCCCUUCGGCAAGCUCUCCUACGGCUAUGUCCCGGCAUCAGCCAGACCCACCAGCACGUGGCACUCAAAGGUAGCCGGCCAGGGGUCAUGGAGGAUCCACCAGCUGAAGAGGAAGAGGAGGAGGCAGAGUUCCACCAAGGGCUUCAACACCUCAACCAAGAGGAGCUCCAGCAGGUCGCGGGCAUGGCGGUCGAGGCAGCUCUGGGGGUGUGGAACGGCAGGACCAUCCAUGAGCCCGAGGAGACGGUCGAGGAGUCGGUGGGAACCAUGAUGGAGGAGCCUGACGAAACGCUGGAGGAACCGGAUGAGGUCGUCGAACCGCCUGAUGAGGGCGAAGCAGGGCCGGGACAAGGGGGAGAAGCAGCAGGAUCUGGGGAGUCGGUGGCAGAACCUGCAGCGGCCUAUCGCAUUGUGUGGGCAGACCUGGGUCAGAGGAACCGCAUGGAGGUGGACGCUCAGCGGGGCUACGUCUGGCUGUAUACCAACGAGCCCAGAGACGACUUGGCGGUCCCGGAUGAGCUGCCUUAUCCUUAUUGGCCCCAUCGAUUCCACAGCGAGAGGUACACGAGAUGUGAGACUCGGAACACGCUGGGCCGUCUACAGGUGGCAGAGGUCUAUGAUGACUGGAGGGUACAGGGUCGGGGACGACCACCCUUUGCGCCAUGGACGGGUGUCACCUUGUUCGUCUUCCGGGACGGUCAACUGCCUUGGUCGCACGUCUUGGUUGAGGACGAGCAGAACCGGAGGGAAGGGCCGGAUGAACCCGACCGGUCGGGAGGGGGCCCAGGAGAUGACCGGCAAGGAUGGACCUCGAGCCACCACACAGGUUGGCAAGGGUUAAACCAAGCCGGAGUUUGGCAGGACUGGUCCUCAGGCACGUGGCAGGACUCCCGAGCAGGAGGCAGCCGGUGGGUUGACUUCGAGGAGGAGGGCAUCUCAGGAGCAGCGGCUACGGCAGCUAUGGCCUACAUCCAGGAGAUUGACGGCAUGCAGGGUUCCGGUCCGGCGACCUGGCAGGCGGUUCGGGAGAGAGGAGACAUGCUGCUUGGACGGGCCGGAUCGGUCGAGAAGGCAGCCAUCGCCCUAUGGAUAGCAAGAGAGCAUCUGGGGCGAAACAACCUGCAGGGCGUCGACAGUGAGGAGCUAGACCCUUUGGUGCACCCGGAUCACCUGGACUACCUGAGGGAGGUGAGAGCGCAGGGGAUGCCCGCACGCUACCAGGGUCAGAGGGAGAGAGUGGCAACUAGACCGCACCCGAGAGCCAGAGCCGACUUGGGCCAGGUCUAUGUCCAGUUGAUGAAAGACAUCAUGAAGCACAGGGUGCUGGUGGUCUCGGCAGAUCAUCAAGACCUGGGACAUACGGUGUCGUCACCAUUUGAGCUGGUCCCGAAGAUGCUUCCCAAUCGGACCCUGUCUACGGAGGCAAGGUUGGUUCACGACCAACGACAGGUCAAUGAAGGCACGCACAAAGACCUUCAUCCACCGGCGGCACAGCCUACCCACGAGCAGGUCGCCAGGAGGGUACUGUGGUUGAAAGCCCGAUACCCGGGAGUGAAGGUGGUCAUGGCCAAGAAGGAUGUGGCCGGGGCAUUCCGUCUCCUCUGGGUUGACCCGCGAGAUGUCGAGCUUUUUGCAGGAGAUGUCCCUUGGAGACCGGAGUGCAUGGAGCAGAGUGGGGGCGGUGGAGAAUGUGACGGUUCAGGCCUGACGCUUAUCUACCUCGUCUCCAGCUUUGGCUUCUCGGGGUCCCCAGGGGAGUGGACGGUGUGGGGGCGAGCUACGGAGGAAGUUCACCGUAACCUGCGACCGCUCCACAGCCGAAGGGACGGGGAGGUGCAUUUCUGUGGAAAGAUCUUGGUCGACGACAUGGUGCUGGUCGAGCCGGUGAUCGGUUUGCGGCCUUGGGUGUCCAGUGAGGUCUAUGAAUGGGCUGUGGUGAAGUUACUGGGCGAGAAGGCCAUCAACAAGUUGAAGGACGCAGAAGAGGGACGGUUCAGCAACCAGCAGACAGUUUGGGGCCUCACUAUCGACACCGACCUCGAGAAGAUGUCGCUUCCGGAGGCACGGAUCCUCAAGGGGGCCUACUUGCUGGCACAGCCUCAUUUCAACUAUGGCAACAAGGCCCUGCCGUUGAAGGAACUACAACGGUUCCGGGGCAUCGCCAACGGCUGGAGUGCAGUGAUUGCGGGUCUACGAAAUGAGUUGAAGGCGGCAGACCUCUUCCUUGGUGGAGUUGAUGGUGGGGCAGCAGUACACCCGCGGCUUCAUCAACCGGAGGGCUCAGAGGCAAGGCAGAUCGAGGAGACCAGUGCUUGGGAGUCGCUGUGGGAGCUCUUCGAAGACUGCAGGUGGCUGUGUUCGAGGUCCGAGACGUGGGCGGCCAAGUUCGGGGGAGACAUCAGGGAGUUGCUGCCCCCACUCGAGAGGCUCGCGCUCCCAGGGCAGCGAGGGGCGGGUCCUGUCUUCGUUUCAUCGGAUGCAACCCCCGACGUCGUGGCAGCAAUCGACUGGACGAACCACCUGGCCUGCCGCGAACCCAUUGAGGUUCUGAAGCCGUGGAUACGACAGGUGCUCGAGGCUGAGGGGCAGGAAGAUGGGAAACUCGCCAUUCAUCUGGGAGAAAUGUUAAGCUUCGUCGCCUUUGCCUGUCGGGUGGGCCACAUGUGGGAAGGACGAGUGGUCAUCUAUGCCGGGGACAACAAGGUCGUCUACUUCUGGAUUACCGGACGCAAGAGCGGAGUGCGGGCAGGGAGGCUUCUGAUCCGGGUCCUCAACCUCGUCGAGAAGAGGCACAGGUGCAGGAUCCUUGGAGGAUGGUGGAGGACCUUCCACAAUGAGGAUGCAAACGCACUGACCCGUCUGGACGAGCCGCAAGCACUGCAGCUUAUGAAGGAUAAAGGUUGGAGCCGGCAAGACAUCAAGCCCAGCAUCCAUCAGGCCCUGGAAGACACGGAGCGUUUCGGGCUUUGCUUUCUGUCCUGGGCCGACCAAGAGGACCACCAUGAGCUGAUGCGCCUUCGAGAGCUGCGGGUCUUUCGGGCCAUCUUUCGACAGCCAGCGGAUUUACUGGAUGUCGAGGUCGUUGAGUGGACACCCGGACAACGUUACGUGAAGGACCUGGAGUACUUCUCGGGCAACGGCAAUGGAAUGUACAAGAUUGUCGCGGGCACCAUCGGCCCUGAUCCGAAGGGCAGGAAGGUGACAGAGUUCACAAGGUAUCUGGACCAGGAGAUCUUCGAUGUGGCGGUUCUUGAAGGGCCCACCGAGGUGAUGUGGAGGCGGCUAGAGCAGUGGGCCAUCUCAGUUGGCUGGGGCUGCAGCUUUCAGGAGUUUUUGACCUCCGAGCUUGGCGAGGCGUUGGUGCGCAGGAGGAUUGCGGGGUUCCUGUUCCCGGGUGACAAGACCGAGGAGGAGGUUGAGCACCUGAUGGUCAAGACGGUCACUCCGCCCUCUAUGGGCUCCUACCUGAGAAAGAUCACCGAGGAGAACUGCUUGCCGGCCUACAAGAUGGAAACAGCAAUCAACGUGGGCCAGCAGGUGACCGCUCAUGUGUGGCUAGAACCCGAGGGACAGAGGCACAAUGUCUACUCGAUGGGGGGGCCCGGUAGGUGGCCGUUGUCCGAAGCAACCGAGAAGGGCAUGCAGAAGAUCUUCGUGCAGGACAAAGCGGCUCCAGUUGGUAAAGUGAGGGUGCUUUCCGGUGAGGAGGUGUGGAUCCUGCAGGGCAGACGCCUGGAUGAAUGGCGCACCCUCGUAUCCCAGAUCGGCGAGGUCGAAGCUGAGAGAGAAGGGUGCAGGGCCACCGGACGCAGGACAGCCCUGAACCUGAUUGGAGCGGCGGCAGAGCUGGCGAAGGAAGUGCGGGAGAAUAAGGCCGGCAUGUGCAUCGACCAGGAGGACUACAAGACCCUCGGCUCUCUUCUACAAUGGCUUCGCAAGUGGAGGAGGGGAGACUUCGGAAGGGCGCCUCCGAACCGAAAGGCCGGAGGUCUUGGCGAGGAGGUUGGGCAGGGCGCCCUGGAGUUUGAGUUCGGCAGCUUCGAGGGUAUUGAGGAAAGACGGUGCGGAGGGCGCCGAAAGGGGCAAGUGAGGCCUGUGGUCGAGGACGGAGGGCGUUUCGUUGACUUGAACCCCGACUUCAACCAGGAUAUGGAGAUCCAAGCGCAGAUCGAGGAAUGGCUGGAGGCGCACCUCACUGGCGACAAAGCGGAGAGCACCCAGAAGGCCUAUACCUGUGACCCGAUCCAGAAUGAGAACAAGGUCCUCGGAUACCUGGGCUACUUGGGAUGGUUGGGCACCUCCGCGGCGACCAUGAAGCAGGCUGUCUUCGCCAUCAAGGACGCCCACAAGAGAGCGGGACAUGGGGAUACCACCACGAAGAUGCACCGUCUGUGGAUCGUCCUCAACUCGCUGGAGAAGCAUUCGGUCAAGCGUCCGAGGCGAUUGGGGGUCACCGUACAGAUGCUCAAGUGGCUUGGCAAGCAGCUCGUGGCUGGGGCCGAGUCCUUUGGGGAGCUCAAAGUCGACUGCCGGAUGAUCCAGGCGGCGCUCCUGACGGCGUGGUUCUUCAUGCUGAGGGCCCGGGAAUUUGCGGACUCGAGUGGGGUCGACCAGGAGAUGGUAGUCCGGGGACAGGAUAUCUCGUUGACCACCCGGGGACAGGCCGACGAGACGGAUCCGGAGGAGGUCACCCUGCAGUUCCGGAAGACCAAGGCGGAUCAGGAAGCCUUUGGGACCUGCAAGACUAUGAAGAAGACGGAGAUCGAGUAUGUCUGCGUGGUCACCGCUCUCCAUCGCCUUCGUGAAGUCGCACCAAGGAGAUUCGGAAAAGGGCCUGAAAGUCACCUUCCGCUGUUCCGCUGGGCAUCAGGUGCAGUGAUCAAGCGGCUCGAAGUCCAGAACUUGCUCCAGAAGGCAGCCAAGGCCCUCGGUCUACCAGCGGAACGGUUCCAGUCGCAUUCCCUCCGCAUCGGCGGAGCUUCGGCCUUGUAUCAGGCCACGGGCGAGAUCGAGGUCGUCAAAAGGACCGGAAGAUGGACGUCCUCGGCGGUGCAACGCUACCUCCAUGACUCCGGAGACGUGCUGGCAGGUUUGGCGAAGAAGAUGGCCACGGUUGACCAGCACGUGCACUACACGUAG